AUGAGUAGAACUCUUGCUUCGGAUCUAUCUGAAUUGUCUGUUGGGUCUGAUCCCAUUGAGGCAAAUGGCUCUGUCCAUCAGACGGGCGAUUCUUCUCCAGUUGGACGCAUAAAUCCAUGGAAAGGUCGCGCGGUGGCAUCCAACAAUGUCAGAGGAAUAGUCGAUGGCCCCUCUGGUGCAUCCUCGCAGCCGCGGGAUGUAACCGGAGGAAGUUCAUCUAACGAAAGAUUAUUUGAAGCUGAUGCCUGGCCAGAACCCUCGGCUCCGUUUGAGCGUCGCAUAACGGUAUCUGGUUCAGGUGCUAGAUCAGUAGAUGAAAGACCGAAAAACAGGAAACUUGGUCGGAAAUGGCAAAACAUUGAGAUCGAAUUUGCUACCUCGCGUGGAGGUGGAAAUGGGAACCGGGGCGGUGUACGCAUGGCAUCUGGUGCUACAAACGCUAAUCACCACUCUCCAACGUCGGUCCCACCGUCUGGUUCGGAUAUCAACUCAGCCCCUUCAUCCGCUCCCUCUCGCGGUGGUGGUGGUAAUCGCAGAGGAGGCUUGGCUUCAAACGGUUCUUUCAAUCGCGGUCGUGGUGGUAGACACGUUAACGGCUAUUAUCAGUCUCGAGCAUCGUUACGAGCUUCAGAUCAAGACGCCCAGGGGACCUCAAAUGAUGUCUCAGAGAAUAGUAACACAGAACCGGUGUCGAAAUCAGUUCCCGCGGCCACUGCUUUUGCGAGCGGCGUACCGCGCGGAGCGUACUCAUCACGAGGGCGUAGAGCUGGGUCACGGGGCGGCGGAUAUGCGAACGCUGGUUACGUGUCAAAGAAUAGUGGAACAAGUGCUCCUCAGCCCAAUACUUCCAGCUCUCUGACGGUACCACAACAGGUUUCUGUAGCGGCGGCAGCUGUUGCUGCUCAAGCAAUGCCUCAAAUGCCUGCAGUUGGGCCAGUUACCUACCUAUUUUCCAACAUGUUGGUACCCGGACCAGCGGUCUUUCCGAUCCCGCCGCAGACACUCCCUGUGACUACCGAAGCAGCUGUCAUGGAUGGUGGCGCAGCUGCCUUGCAAGCUGCGGUUCUAUUACCUCAGUCCUCUCCUCAGGCCUGUCUCAUUCCUCCCGAACCGAUUUCUCCUGCAAUCCGCAAUCCACUACGAGAAGACGUUACACUAGAAGAGUUGCUAGAAUUUCUAAAUGAGUGCGGAUGGUCCAGAGUUCGAAUGCCGGACCAUUUUAGAAACCAUCCUACCGUAGCUGCAGCUAUGCAGGCUGUCGGAAUGGUUGCUGCGACCGGUGACGAAACUGCGGCUGAGUUUCCAAGGGAGGGUGCAGCUAGUCCUCCCGUGGAAAAGAAGGAGGAUAUAAUUGUUGUUGAUGACAAGUUCUACUUUGUCCCUCUAAAUUCGCAUUUAACGAAAUUCCUGAAGUUUCAUUCCAAACAGGAUUACAUUCGGCAUCACGUCGACUACUACUUCAGUGAUGUCAAUCUACAACGGGAUGAACAUUUGGUAAAAUUAAUCUGCACGAACAAGUACACAUGCCCCAUUAGCGCCCUACUCGGUUUCAAUAGGCUCCGAUAUGUUAAUACAACAGAAGAUGAGCUUGUAGAAGGGGUAAUGAAUAGUUCAACCGUGAGUGUCGUGUUUGAUGAUCAACAACGGGCCAUUGGCGUAGCACCUCAAAAUCCAUCGGUUUUGCGAACAGCUGCAGUUGCUUACCCAACGUCCUUUGAUAGCACCGUGCAGCAAACCACUCAAUCUCCUGACUCACAGCAACCGAAGUCUUCCGAAGUUGAACCUUCUCAGGUGUUAAUGCCUGUCGGCUCGAUAGGCAGUCUGCCGUUCAUGUUGUCUAACGGACUCGCCGCUCCCUCAGUCCCCGGUCUGCAACCUAACGGAAGCCACAUUUUCCAAUCUCCUCACUUUCUCCCCUACCCGGGUGUUCCAGCCCUACCGUCAUACUAUGGGACAAAUACCUUGCCCGGAACAGUAGCCACCGGCGCAGCUGGCGACCACACCAUUGCGAUGAGCCCAGCGCCCACCACAGAUAAUGCAAGUGUGUGUUAUCGUCCCCUGUGGCCAACUCCAUCGGCCUUUCCUCAGCCUACUACAUCGUUUCUCCCGUAUAUUGCAUCACAGCAGCAGUCAUUUUAUGUUUCGUUACUGCAGCCACCGCCAGCAGGUUUGGCUACUGCUGCUUCAGUCCAUACUAGCAUAUCACGGAACCCUCCUAUGCCGUUUCUUCCUACUCCUGUUGGGGUCCCAAGCACACAAAUACCGGCCCCGCAACAGAGGGCAUAUGCUGUUUCUGUUAGGGCACCACAUCGACCUCCCAGUAAUCGAACCAUUAGCGGUGAUUGCAAAGUCGUUGAUGAAACACUAGAACAGAAUUCAUGA